AUGCAGGCGGACCCCACACCCUCAGAGGCUGGCCCACCAGCAUGGGCUUGUGGGCUGUCAGUCUCAGAGGCUAGCGCACUAGCAUGCUUAAUGGUUGGUGGCUUCUCGCCGCUAAAGCAUGUCAGGGGUUCGAAUCCUGACAUGAACAACUUAGGUUUGCAGGAAUGCAUUCCAGAUGGGUUGGGGUGUAUGCCUCUGAGGGUGUGGGGUCCGCCUGCAUCAGAAAGGGAGUUGCUGCGUUUGUUUGACGUCGCGAGGAGCGCCGCUGCCGCUGCUUCUGCAAUCAACAACGUCUCCUCGUGUGGUCCUGAGGUUUUCCGAUGUAUCGAUGCUCUGAAACAGCUCAAAGACUUCCCGGCUACACCCACUGUUGUUGAGUCCAUUCAGCUUACCAGGAAGCUCUUCCCUCUUACCAAGCAUCCCAACAUCAAGAUUCGCACUGCAGCCUCGGCCGUGGUUCAGAUGUGGAAUAACAGAAUCUCUGCCAAUAAGGAAUCGAAGAAAAGUCUCUCUGAUCAUCAUCAAGACACCAAAGAGACCAAGACCGUCGUCAGAGGAAGCCUUGUCAUCCGUCUCAAGCUUCCUCGAAAGCCAAUUGCGGAGAAGAGCGAUGCUGCAACGAUGUUUCCGGCUCAUAAGAAGGUAUCGCUCACCAGUCCCCGCAACACCGAUAUCUCGCGGGACAAAGUGAGAAAACUUGUUCUGGAUUCUCUCGAUAAUAAAGCUGUUGCCGAGGCUAGUGGAGCGACUGUAAUCGACCCAAGUGUCUUGGCAACAACGAUCGAGUCCGUGAUGUUCAAGGCUAUGGGUUCCUUCAAUGGCCCAAACAAACUCAAGUACAGAUCCAUAUUGUUCAAUUUGAAGGAUCCCAAGAACCCUGAUUUCAGGAGCAAGGUUCUUCGUGGAAAGGUCUCACCAGAGGCUCUGGUGAGCAUGACCGCGGAGGAGAUGGCAAGUCAUCAGAGGCAGAAAGAGAGCAAACAGAUUAGGAAGAAAGCUCUCUCAAAGAAACACAUUGAAGUUGAAUAUCAAGAACCACAAGAGAUGGAUCCCUGA